AUGGUAAGACACCGUGCCGGGUCAAGCCGUGGCGGAUCAUUCGAGAGCGACAGGCCAAGCUCGGAGCGAAGGCUCGGCAACAGGCAGCCAGAGGCUCAGGAGGGCGGCGAACCUCCGCGAGAGGUCGAGUUGCUAAACCAAGAUGCUGCUGAGCAGCCAGAUGCUCCCCGAAUCGGCCCUCAGCCAGACAACGAGAUAACGUCAUUCCCCCGGCUCGAUGGAAGCUCAGACGGCGACAACCCCUCAAAUGAUGUCUCUCAACAAGACCCCCCUCAGCGUGGCACUGGCAUUGCUCCGCAGGCCAACGACACUCAGACGAAUAUCGGCAACACUUCAAAUAAUGUCUCGCAGCAAGGCGCCCCUCAGCAUGGCACCCCUAAACCACGCAGCAGACGAGAGUCACACAGCACCACAGCAGGUCCAUACGCUCCAUUACUAUUACGUGAUCUUCUGGAAAGCAACUCAAGUUCUUCAGCUAGUGCUUCGCAGGCCAACGACACUCAGACGAAUGCCGGCAGCCCUUCAAAUGAUGUGGAAAGCGCCAGCGGUUCUUCAGAUGGUGAUCCUCAGGCGAAUGGCUGCAACCCUUCAAAAGAUGUGGAAAGUACCGGCGCAGACGGUGCUCAGCAGGCCAACAACACUCGGACGAAUAGGGCUCAGAAAAGCAGUGGUUCGAAACGCGGCCAAGAUUCGAUUAUGUCCGAGAGAGAAAAAGAGGUGCUAUACCUUAUGGCUCUACUCCGUUGA